AUGUUAAACUUAAAAUUACAGACAGCAGUUGACGAUAUCGUGAACCAAUUCACCGUUACUGAAGAAUUUCUUCACGAUGCGACUAAGGAAUUUACUAAAUCAAUGGACACUGGUUUACAAAACACUGCGUCGAAAAGAGAAUACAUGCCAAUGAUCCCAACGUAUGUCACUGGUAUUCCUACUGGUAAGGAAAAAGGCUUAUUUUUAGCAGCAGAUUUAGGUGGUACUAAUUUUAGAGUCUGUUCUGUCAAUCUUCAUGGAGACCACACUCAUGAAUUAAAGCAAUCAAAAUACAGUAUCCCAUUGGAUUUGAUGAAGAACUCUACUGCCGAUAGUUUAUUCUCUUUCUUAGCCAAAAAGGUUGAAACAUUUUUGAAGGAUAAUCAUGAUGACCUAGAAGCAGAUGAGCAAUUAAAAUUAGGCUUUACUUUCUCUUUCCCUAUCAACCAGACUGCUUUAAAUAGGGGCACUUUAAUUCGUUGGACAAAGGGAUUCGAUUUACCAGAUUGUGUUGACAAGGACGUUGUUGAGUUAUUACAAUCCAACAUUGACUUGUUAGGAUGUAAAGUCAAUGUGGUAGCAUUAGCCAAUGAUACUGUUGGUACAUUAUUAUCAAGAGCCUAUUCCAAUAACCCUGAGAAAACUAACGCUAACACUAUUGUGGGUGCUAUUUUUGGUACUGGUACUAAUGGAGCAUAUUUUGAAACCCUUGAUAAUAUUCCUAAAUUAAAAUCUACUAAUAUUCCAGAAGGUGCCAAAGGUAUGGUAAUUAAUACUGAAUGGGGUUCGUUCGAUAACACUCUAAAAAUAUUACCAAAAACUAAAUAUGAUGAAAUUGUCGAUUCAGAAACUGCUAAUAAAGGCUUUCAUUUAUUUGAAAAAAGAAUUAGUGGAAUGUUUAUGGGAGAAAUUUUACGUGUUUGUUUGAUUGAUUUAUUUCAACGUGACCUUAUCUUUGUUGAUUUAUAUAAAUCUAGAGGUGGUUCAUUACCUCACAGAUUAUCUGAAGAAUGGUUAUUAUCUUCUGAGGUUUUAUCUUACUUGCAGAUUGAUGAUUCAACUGACUUAAAAAUGUCUGAAUUAAUAUUAGAGAACGAAUUAAGAUUGCCUACUACUAAAGAAGAAAGGAUAGUUAUUCAGAAAUUGACUCAAGCUAUUGCGCAUAGAGCUGCUUAUCUUUCGGCUAUUCCUGUUGCUGCUAUACUCAAUCGUGUCAAGGGACAAUUCUCCAACGAUAAUAGGGACUUUGAAUUCGGUUGUGACGGAUCUGUUGUAGAAUUUUAUCCGGGAUUCCAGGCUUCUAUUUUAGAAGCAUUAGAAAUAAUCAAUCCUUUAGAGGGAGAAAAGAAAAAGGUCCACUUAAAAAUUGCCAAAGAUGGCAGUGGAGUUGGAGCUGCGUUAUGUGCCAGCACAGCAAAAUAA